AUGAAAACAAAACAUUCUAUAAUUAACGAAGUUGUAAUAACUAUGUUGAUAUUAACUGGUUGCAUCACACUAUCAAUUGUUAUGUCAAAAUUCAUGAAAUUCAUGACAUCUUUCAUUUUCGUGGUUAUUUUAUUUGUAUUUAUUUCAACGUUUUAUAUUUAUAAUUUUUUUAAAGAUAACAAAUAUGACGAUGAAAUAGACAAAGGUGAAUAUAUUGAGUUAGAUUUAGAAAAUAUGAAAAAUACCAAUAAAAUUGAAAAGAAACUUAAUUCAGAAAUAGAAGCAAAUGUUAAUAAAAACACUAAUUCAAUUUUACCAAGUAUGGUUAAUUUUAAUGAUUCACUUAAUGUUAAAGUAUUAAAUUUAGCUUAA